AAAGAAAAAAAAAAAGAAAAAAAAAGGAAGAAGAGGAAGAAAAAAGAAGACAAAACAUAGUAAUCUAACGUCUGCGUCUUUGUCUUCUAAAGCCAUUUAUCCUACAUAUAUUCGAUGAUGUCGAUGAUCUAUGAUUUUGUUCGGUCAUUGAUUUACAAAAAAUAUAUGAUAUACCACUGCGAUGUUUAAAUUCCAAUCAAGAAUUUCGGAUAUUUCUACAUAUAUGGCGUCGAGUGAUUUUUCUAUUAAUGCGGAAAAUGUGGAAAGGUAUUUUGACAGAAUAGCAUUGUCAGUAAGCGAUAAAGUGAAUUUGCAUCUAAACGAGCUUAUGAAAGUUCAUUUAUAUAUUAGAGAGUAUCGAAACGUUUUAAAUAUGCUCCAUAACAGUGCCGUUGGUAUAAAUUUUAAUUAUUUGCACUUCGAAGAGAAAAUUAUUUGUUAGUUUAUUUCACGUUUGUGUGAUUGCAAUCAGUUCAAGUGUAGCAUGCAAAAGAUCGAUAAGGAAGUGACUCGAUGUUAUCAUAAAGAAUUUUUCUUAAACGUCAGAAUUAUUUCAUAAGUUGUAGCAAGAGGUUAAGCAUGUUCGUAUGUUUUGACAGAUAAUUUCGUAAUUAGAUUACGAAAUGUGAAAUUACAAUAGUCGAUCGAUUUUCUUAUUCUGUAUUUAAAAUAUGCUUCUCUAAUGUAUAUAAUUUGUAAAAUAACGAAAUUUUUCUACACCAUUACGAUGCCGUUCAAAUUUCAUUUAAAGAGAAGCCGUCAAUAUAAUGUAGUGUCCAAAAAUCAAUAUGUAAUAUGUAUAGAAUUAUUGGACACUACGUCGAUAGAAUGUACUUUAAAUAUUGACAGUUUGGGUCAAGAAUGCCUGGAUAAUAUUGUACAACGAUUAGGUCUCGUACAGCCUGAAUUUUUUGGAUUGCGUUAUAUAAGCCGACAUGGUUCUCCUUCUCCUCGAUGGGUAGACAUGGAUAAACCGUUAAAACGGCAACUUGAGAAAGAAGCCAAGAAUUUUAGUUUGUAUCUAAGAAUUAUGUACUAUGUGACAGAUGUUCAAUUUAUACAGGAUGAAAUGACAAGGUAUCAUUAUUACCUUCAGUUAAAAAGCGACGUACUAGAAGGUAGAAUUCAUUGCAAUUCUAGACAAGCUAGUCUCUUAGCAAGCUAUUCCAUGCAAGCUGAAUUUGGUAAUUACAAUACAGAAAGACAUACAACGGAAUGUUUACAACAAUGUACCUUCUUUCCCAAGGAUGUAAUACAAUCAGAACCAGGCGGACUAGAUGUUUUAUUGCAUAAUGCAGUGUGUCAGUAUAAAAAUUUGAUCGGUGUGACGCAAGCAGCAGCGGAAGAAUUAUAUAUUUCUGUAGUUAUGCAAUUAGAAGGAUAUGGUAAUGAAACGUUUCCUGCAAAGGAUAGCAAUAAUUCUGAAGUUAUACUCGGUGUAUCUUUAAACGGAAUUAUGUUGGUUUGCCCUAAAUCUCAAACAACGCACUUUUAUAGAUGGAAAGAUAUUAGUAAUGUAAUAAAUCAUAAAAAAACAUUUAGAAUAGAGUGUCAGUCUGAAAGUGAAGAUGCCAAACAAUUUAUAUUUAAUGAGUCGCGUGAUGCGAAAUAUGUAUGGCGUCUUUGCAUAGCACAACACACAUUUUAUAUGCAGCAUCAAGAAUCACGACCUUCGGAAAGGUCUAAUAAUGGAUAUUUUGAUAGCGAUACGAAUGACUCUGGAGAACAAGCUGUAUCUAUGGAAAAUCGAACAGUGGACGAUCAUAUGCAUUGGACGAGCUACAAUGAUCUUUCGACUUCUCCUUAUCCUGUAGUCUCAGUUUCUUCUACUGAAAUUAAUAAUUUACGUGCCUUACUACCGUCCUAUAGGCCAGCGCCAGAUUAUGAAACGGCCGUUCAAAUGAAAUAUAAUAAUGGAGGAAAUGCUCCUCAGCCUUAUUAUGCAAAUCAGUCUACUAUCGUUGGACAGGAUAUUUCGUGCCUUCUUGGUAAUGUGGUAAAUAGAAGUAGAUAUUAACUUAAAAAUUAAUAUCCGCAUCGCAUGAUUUGAAUAUUUUUAAUAUUUUAAAUAUACGAUCGCGUUAUAUUUACGCAACCAAAUAUAUAUUUUUUGAAUAGCA